UCGCUGCUAGACGCAUGGUCAAGGGCACCGGCUCAACUACAUCAGAAAGCAGCAAGUAGGAGCGGUACCUCGUGUCAAAGGCUGUCACAGAAGAAGUCAGUGGGUCAAAGCUGUUCUGAGAAAAGAAGAUUGACGCAACCAUGGACCAGGCAAGGUCAACAAUAUCUAAAAUUUUUAACGGGGAGCCUCACUCCUACACACGUUUCAACCUGACCCAGAACAUGGAAGGGGAUAACAGCCAGGUGGAGAUGAAGCUGUCGUCAGACAUGGAUGAGGACACAGGGGGCAAAGGCGCGGGAGAACACCUCAAUCACAACUCCAACCGCAAACCCUACGUGGCUCAAAAGCUUGGGCGCACACCAAAGAACCUUUGCUUCAUGGCCGUCGCCACCCUCCUCAUCUUUAUCAUCGGCUACUUGAUUGGCUACUUGGUUCAUCGGAAGAAGGACUUGGCUCCCACCUGUGAUGACUCCACGGUCAUUUUUGACAACGGUGCUGACAUCGAGACGGGUGCUGCCCCCCUCAUGAACUGGGACAAGGUCAAAAAGCUGCUUGCUAAACAAGUCUCUGCAGACAAAUUCGAUUCUGUCUUUAGAGAGUUUUCCAGUGACAACCACCGGGCCGGUUCUCUGAGUGAUGAGGUCCUGGGAGAGAAGGUGGUCAAGAGGUUCAGAGAGUACGGGAUGAAAACCUGGACCGACGAGCACUUUGUUAAGGUUCAGGACCCCCCAGCGUCUGGCUCCAACAGCUUUAGUUACAAGGGGAAGCAGGAGCGUCCAACGGGAUUCCUGUCCUACAGUGCCAACGGAACAAUAACGGAUUCCGUCUUGUAUGCGUUUUACGGGGAGGAGGAGAACUUGAGGUUGCUGAAAAGCCGUAACGUCAACAUGACAGGCAGGGUCAUGCUGGUCAGAACUGGUCGGAUCAGCUUUGCUGAGAAGGUAGCCAAUGCUGCCAAAAUGGGUGCUUCUGCUGUGCUGAUCUACCCAGAUCCCUCUAAAUCCUCUAUUGGUGGAUCCACUCAGCUCUAUGGACAUGUCCACCUUGGUUCAGGGGAUCCCUACACCCCCGGCUUCCCUUCCUUCAACCACACCCAGUUCCCACCCGUCCAGUCCUCAGGCCUGCCAAAAAUCCUGGCCCAGACCAUCACCCUAAACAUGGCCAUGAGCAUUCUGCAGCAGCUGGGGGGUGCCAAUGCGCCGCAAGAAUGGGAAAGCUCCAAACUUGGGGAUGACAGCGAUGUUAUUACCUUGGGGGUCGACAACGUGCUCAGGGAGAAAAAGAUAGUAAAUGUCUUCGGGGUCAUCAAAGGCUUUGUGGAUGCAGAUCGAUAUGUGGUCAUCGGUGCACAGAGGGACGCAUGGGGUCCAGGUUUUGCCGCGUCAACUGUCGGUACCAGCGUCCUUGUCGAGCUGGCACGCUCCAUCUCAGAUAUGGUGGAGAAUGGUGGAUUCAAGCCGAGGAGAAGCAUUGUGUUUGCCAGCUGGAGCGCUGGAGAAUAUGGGAGUGUUGGCGCCACCGAGUGGCUGGAGGGUUAUCUUUCUUCUCUGAGCAUGAAAGCCUUCUCUUACAUCAACCUGGAUGGAGUUGUAACAGGUCAGAAACAUUUCAAAGUGGCAGCCAGUCCCUUGCUGCAUGGCCUGGUCGAGAGCACUCUGAAGGAGGUGAACUCCCCGAACAAAGCUGGGUCUCUCUUUUCUGAAUUUGCAAAGCCCAGCAUGGAAUCAAAUGUGUUGGAGCCUCUGAAGUUGGAUAACGCUGCGUAUCCUUUCCUCGCCUUCUCUGGCAUCCCGUCAGUAUCUUUCAGAUUCACCUCUGAGAACUCGGACUACCUGUACUUCGGCACCACGCUGGACACCCGGGAGAAACUGAACGAGGCCACCAACAACAAGGUGCCUGAGCUGGCUGAAGCAGCCACGCGGGUCGCAGGUCACAUGGUGCUGAGGCUGGUCCAUGAUCAUCUGCUGCGCAUGGACGUGGAGAAGUACAACAAAAUCAUACAUAAUCGCGUGGGUCAGAUCAACAACAAGGUCAAUUCUAUGCUGAGGAUGCAGCCCCAGCUGCUGCCCAAGGCGCUGACCAUGCAGUGGCUGACGUCGGCCUCCGGCUCCUACAGCCGGGCCUCCAGAGAUCUGGCAGCAGACAUCCAGAACAGCAACAUGGAGGACAUUGAGAUGUGCCGUACCCUUAAUGACCGCAUCAUGGCGGUGGAGAGGAACUUCCUGUCCCCCUACGUGUCCCCCAGAGAGAGUCCGUUCCGCCACAUCCUGCUGGGCUCGGGCCCCCACACUCUGCAGGCUCUGCACGGCCACCUGGAGGCCCUCAGGAUGGACCACCCCGAGGCCGACGCCGACCUGUUCCGAAGCCAGUUCGCCCUCGCCACCUGGACCAUCCAGGGCUGCGCCAACUCACUGGCAGGGGACGUGUGGUCUCUUGAUAACGAAAUCUAAAAAAAAGUAACCCCCCCACUUCCUCCCUUGUUCAUCAUUUGAGAGGAUCAAACGCCAGUGUAAAACAGCUUUAAAAUUCAUUUAAGCUUAGAUUUAAAGUGGAGCCGUUCAGUAAUUCAUUCAACUUUGAGACAUGAGCUCAUGUUCCUCCUUUCUGAAAUUCUUUAAAAAAAAAAAGCCUUACGUCUUAACAAAAAGGAUGUUUUUUCGUUUCAAUGAAAUGCAGUAUUCUGAAUACUCUGGUGCUAGCAACAAUUAGCUUCAAAUGGUCCUAUAGGUGACACUUACAAUGUAGUCACAGUAAGUCUGUGUAAAGCAGCUCGGAGAAGAACAAAAUGCCAGUAUGAUAAUAUAAGAUAAAGAGCAUAAUGAUUACAAAUCCAAACUGCUGGUAAUAUUACUGCUGCUGAAGCCCCGUCAGAAAUUCGGGAGUUGCCUAAAUAGAAGAGAUGAUGAAAUAACACUCAAACAGCAGUUCUGUUGCACUGAAUUAGGGCUGGGCAAUAAACCAUUUUAAUAUCAAUUCCUUGAAUAUCUUGGAUAUCGAAAAUGAUGUCAUUUCCUGCUUUUAAAGGCACAGUACAAUACAUUGAUGUUUUUUUCUAAAUGUGCCAUUACUGUUCUAGGAGUUCUAUUUGUUUCUUAUUAGAAGUUGUUGAAUUGACAUUACUGAUGCCAAUUAUCCAAAUUCUCAUUGUUUUUUUAUAUGCACCAAUGGUCAACCCUACAAUAUCUUCACGAUAUUGCGGUUAAAAAAUAUCGCCCAGCCCUACACGGAACUUGUUUAAAAGUUUGGCGGAAUCGUUACAAAAAAAAGUCCACGCAACAAUCAAUAAUAAAAAAUGAAGGCCUUUGAAAAACCAAGGGGAGGGUCUGAAGGCACUGAAACAAACCGUACGUCUAUUUAUUGUGUUAUUUAUUUAUCAGUGGCAGGGUUCACUAUAAAUAGUAUUUUUUAUUGCCUUUUAUAAAAAAUGAAAAAGAAUGUGUUUAAUUAUCGGGAGCAGAGCCUUCCAUAAUUAUGACAGUUAUACUGUUGAAAUAUCAAGAGCAGCAUCUGCUUAAAAAGAAGUGUACAUGUCGACCUGGACUGAAGUACGAACAAUCGUAACGCACAACUCUGGAUUGUGUUUUCCUUUUAAACUGACACUGGAUUGGUCUCUUAGUUGAGGCCUGGUCACACAUCAAGUCACAUGUACACUUCUCGUCCUGACAAUAUUAUCGGGAGCAGUGUCUUCCAUAAUGUGAAUAAAAGAAGAAGGUAGUUUUUUCCUACCAGUAUGUGUCCGUAUCGGAGGCAGUGCCCUCCAUAUUUCACUGUAGGAGUGGAUGUUUUUAUUAUCGGGAACAGUGUUUCCCAUAAUGCGUGUAAAUAUACAGAACAUUGCUGCACCAUGUCCGCAUCUUUAGAUCCCAUUUCACGAUGCUUACGUUGUUUCCCGCUUAUGAAAAGCUUAGUCAUUGGCUCUUACGGAAGAGGAUAAGGGCCAAAAAGGCUUUUUUUUUGGUUUUUAGUUCUGAGAGAAAGUCAGAAUUCUGAGAGAAGAAAAGUCUGUGGUAAGAGAAUUCUGAGACUUUUUUUCUCAGAAUUCAGAAAUUAUUAGUAUUUCAGAUUUUCAUUUAAGAAUUCAGAUAUUUUUUCCUCAGAAUUCUGAAUUUAAUAUCAGAAUAAAAAAAUAAAUAAAAAAAGACACUUUGGUCAGAUCUAAAAAUCUGUCCCGAAUCCUCUGCAGUAGGCUCUUCAUAAAAACAUUUAUAACAUAAAAAAAGCUAAGCUUAAAUUGUUAUGGGUUUAUUUAUGUAUCAUUUUAAUCUGAUAACGUGUCGCCUUUUCUUUCGGUUUUAUGCUAUGUAAGCCUUUUCUUUUUGUAACGAACAUUUUUGCGGCCAGAGCGGUGGUCAACUCUUACAAAAAAUGUUUGUUUUUGAUGAUUCAGCCGUGUGAAAGUUACAUUCUACCUUCUUUGUGUGAAUUCAUUGUUGUUUAAAAUUUCCUUGUGCCUUUUUUGUGUGUCAUGACUGCAUCGUAGAGCUGCAUUUCUACAUACAGUACUUAAAGAGUUUGCAGAGUAUUCUUGUUUGGCUUGUUUAGUUUUGACAUUUCUGCGUUUAGUUUGUUUCUGUUGUAUGCUAAAAUCAAAAGUUACUGGGUUAAAGACCUGUUAACACUUUCUUUUUUUAGAUGAUGUCACUGGACGAAUGUUAAUUGUAAAAAAUCAAUGUAAAUGGGAUUUAAAAAUUACACAUUGAAUGUUACAGUAGUUAACUUCCUUUAGCUAAUCUGCUACAUUUGGUCACUUGAAUUCUUAUUUUUGUAUGAAACACACCAUGCCUCGGCAAAACAACUUGAAUUGUUUUAGAUCACCAGCCUUUUUAAAAUGGUCCAAUAACCAUUCAGAGUUUGAGUGAUUCAACUGAUCUGUCGUGGAAGUUACAUUGCUAAUAUUGCCAUCUUGCUGAGGAUACAAACAUAGAAAUGAGGUCGCAAUACCAGUCUUUGUUGGACUUUCAAAAUUCUGAAUUUGUGGAUAAAGAAUGUGUUUUUUUUUUUUCGACUGUAUACAAAUUUGCUUAGCUUCACAUUUUUGUUGCUUCAAUAAACAAUCACAUCACA